UCAUUGCAUGCCAUCAGACUAUGGCGGCAGUUUGCAAUCAUUUGAUGAGCUUCAUUCUAAAAAUGUUGAAACGUUAAUGUCAAUGAAGGAAUAUUAUUACUUAGAAGAGCUACAUUGCAAAUCAGUAAUAGAAAAAUCAAGUCUUUAAAUCUGCUAUUCUAAAAUAUCAUAAGAAAGUUCAAAGAUGCAAUGUUGUCAUCAAAUAUCUACAGAACGGUGGUUUGACAUUUUUAAGUUUUGUAAAUAAAGGAGCUUAAUAAAAUUUAUAAAAACUUAACAAAUCAGUUAACAUAACAUUUUCCUCGCCUAGCCCAUUAAAAUACAAAUGUGAUAAGUGUGCAAAUCAUCAACAUACUGAAGAAAUAUUGUGAUUCACACAGGCGGAUCCCUAAAGAAUAAAUAAGCAUCAAUGAAAGAAUUCAAAAAGAAUCAAACUUGUCUAACAUUUAAUAGCUUAAAUAUUUUAUAUGCAUUUUUGACAUUAGAAAAUAAUAAGAAUGUUUUAAAUAAUGUCAGUUCUAUUUCAGUUCUGUACACGAUCGGAUGCUAUUCUGAAAUAGUUUAAAGAGUGUAGAUUUUCACUAUUUGACAUUAAAAAAAAAAGAUGGAACUAGAAGAAGCCAUUGAAAUUAUUAAAACAGUUUUGGAUGAAGCAUUUGACUAUGAAGAAUCAUUAAAAAGAGAAAAUAUUGAUCACAAUGAUGUUGUAAAGCUUAGGGAAAUUGUUGCUAAUGCCCCACAUGUGCCUAAAUUAAUCUAUGAUAAGCUUCUUAUUGUGUUUCUAAAAGGAAACAAAUGUGAUGUAAAUGCAGCAGCAAAGUGUAUUGAAAAAUACUAUGAAUUGAAAGUUACAUCGCCAGAGUUUUUUUGGGCUCGGAAUUUAGAAUUACCAGAACUAGAAUUUGCCUCGAAAGUACAUCAAAUGACUACAUUGCCUAUUUCUCCUGACAAUUGUUACGUAAUACUCCUUCGAUUGGUUGAUACGGAUCCCCAAAAUUAUUAUUAUGAUGAUCUUUUUAAGCUAUUCGCGAUGAUGGGAGAGAAUGCAGUAAUGACUUAUGGACCUCGAGAUGGAUUAAUUUUUGUCUACGAUUUUUCUGGAUCUAGUUUUGGACAUCUGUUGCGUCCAAGUAUAAGUUCUAUAAUCAAGUGUCUUGAUUUUGUUCAAAAUGGAAAUCCUAUAAAAGUGAAAGCAAUUCACAUCUUAAAUGCAACAAAUUUAGUUCAAAUUUUAAUUUCUAUGUUAAAACCAUUUAUGAGAAGUGAGCUUGUUAAUUCCAUUCAUACGCAUCUAUCGGAUAUGGACUAUGAAGAAUUUUAUGAGAACCAUCUUCCUCGACAUUGUUUGCCAGCUGAUUAUGGAGGUGAGCUUCAAUCUAUGGAAACUUUACAUUCACAGAAUUUAGAAAAAAUCGCCUUACUGAAGAAAUAUUGGAUAUAUGAAGAAGAUCAUUUGAAACAAAAAUUUGACAAAUUUACAGACGAACUUUGUGAAAUUGUACAAAUAACACCAUACGAUCAAUGCUCAAGAUUGUGAUGUUCUAUUUUGGGAUUGGAAAAAUACUAUUGAUAAAUUAAAAUAUUAGGACAUUUGGGGAUGGGAAUAGUUUACACAAAUUUAUUUUGGUUUCUU